UCCCGCGACCAGGCAAGUCAACGGUUCCUCAUGAGUACGGGACCGAUUUCUUUCUACAAUAAGUCUUGAAAUUGCAUGCUACUUCUGCCAAAUUAUUGCAACCUAAAGUUUCUCGUUGACAGUCAUGGCAACAGAGGGGGUGGAAAAGACGAGUGAAGAUGCUCCAGCAGCUGGAAAGGCCAGCACCAGGUAUGACCUGGAAAAGGAGACUGAACUUCGCUUUGAGGUGGAGUCAGGGGAAGCAGCAGAACAAGUUGAGCUGGAGCUGCUCACAGGAAUGGCUGAGGUGUUUGGCUCCGAGCUAAACCGAAACAAAAAGUAUACAUUUGGACCAGGCUCCAAGAUUGCAGUUUUCACUUGGCAAGGCUGUAGUGUGAAUCUUUAUGGGAAGCCAGAGGUUGCUUAUGUGUCCAAGGAUACGCCCAUGCUGCUCUACCUAAACACACAUGCAGCCCUUGAACAGAUGAGAAAACAAGCAGAGCGUGACAAUGAGAGGGGACCAAGGGUGAUGGUGGUGGGACCGACAGAUGUUGGGAAGUCAACGGUGUGUCGGAUGCUUCUCAGCUAUGCUGUGAGGGUUGGAAGGAGGCCAACAUUUGUGGAACUGGAUGUUGGACAGAGCGGGGUGUCUGUACCCGGCACAGUGGCAGCGCUCUGCAUCGAGCGUCCAGCGGACGUGGAGGAGGGUUUCUCAGUCCAGGCUCCUUUGGUCUACCACUUUGGCUCUACUAGUCCAGGGACCAACAUCAAACUUUACAACAAGCUGACAUCGUGCCUGGCUGAGGUGUUUUCCCAGCGGUGCGAAGUGAACAGGAAAGCCAGUGUAGGAGGCUGCAUCAUCAACACCUGUGGCUGGGUGAAGGGCUCUGGAUACCAGGCUCUGGUCCACUGUGCGUCAACCUUUCAGGUGGAUGUGGUUCUGGUGUUGGACCAUGAAAGGCUCUACAAUGAACUCAAAAGAGACCUCCCUCACUUUGUGCGGGUUGUGCUUCUACCCAAGUCCGGGGGAGUCGUGGAACGCUCCAAGGAGUGUCGGCGGGAUACUCGGGAUGAGAAGAUCCGCGAGUAUUUCUACGGCUUCCGUGGAGUCACCUUCUACCCCUUUUCUUAUGAAGUGCGUUUCUCAGACGUUCGCAUCUAUAAAAUUGGCGCUCCAUCCAUCCCGGACUCAUGCCUGCCACUGGGAAUGUCCCAGGAUGACACACAGCUAAAACUGGUGCCUGUUACUCCAGGAAGAGACCUCACGUACCACGUCCUAAGCGUGAGCAGCGCUGAGGACGGAGAUGAAGGUGCUAGAAAGGGCAUAGUGGAGAGUCCUGUGUGUGGCUUUAUUGUGGUGACUCAUGUAGAUACUCAGGCACAGGUGAUGAAGGUGCUCUCCCCAGCACCUAGACCCCUGCCCAGGCAUACUCUGCUCAUCAUGGACAUUCGCUUCAUGGAUAUGAAAUGAAGCAGGCCCUCAGAGGAGAGGACUUGGAGCGAAGACGUCCUGCUGGGUACCCUUUUUAUUUUAAGGCUAUCUUGUUUGUACUUUACAGAGAAAACAAUUUAAGUAUUGAAAUUCGGAAUGCACCAAUUUUUGUGGUUCAUGUGAAUCCAGUUUUCAGCCUGUUUCAUACAUUUUAUGAUUUAAAUUCUACUUAUUCAACAAUAAGAUGAUGGAAGCAGUUUUUUUAUACUGAAGAUUUUUGGUCUCAUGGCACAGAAGAGGGAAUUAAAUAAGAAAAAAACAUUACUCUCUACACCAGCCGUUGGCCAAUUUGUUGUGUUAUCAAUUUUAGCAUGAGCUGGGAAUUGGUGCAUCCCUAAUAGAAAUUGAAAGCAGCUGUAAAUUCUAGACCACACUGCACAGAUGUCUGUAGAAAAGGAUUUUUUAUCAAAGCAAAGAAAAAAUAUUUUUCUUCAUAAUCUGUUUCAUAGAGAUUUUUUUCUCUUGAGUAAUAAAUUUUUUAAAUGUAAAAAGUUGUGUGAGUUUGUUUUUAAUUACACUAUCUGACUAUCUAUCAGUAUGUUUCCCUUACUAACAAACAAUAAUUUAAUUAUCUGCAUACCCAAUAUGUAAUGAACUGAGGAUGGAACACACUUAAUGAACUUAAUUCUAAUCCAAUCAAACCUGGGAAUACUUUGCAGUUUUAUAACCUUUCCUAAAGAAAUUUAAUAUGUUUUAUUCAGUAGGUCUUCUGUUUUGACAAAAGAAAGGCAAACAAUAAUAACCUGUAGGCUUCAUUAAAACACACACAGUACCAGCAUGCUAGUGAUUGUUUGGGAGCACUACACUAGCAGGUCAUUUAAUAUUUGUUCUGUAAACAUUUACCAGCUUACCAAACCAUACCGAGUACAUUUGAGACCCAGAUGCUCUUUUAAUUUUUUAGAGUAACAACGUUUCUAUGUAUGACAACAUGACUUAUAAGCAUACACAAAAACAACACUGUGUGAUGCAUAAUAUGUGCAAAUAUCUCAAACUAAGUAUAUAAUAAAUAAGUGUAGAUAUUUAAAUGUAAGCAAGUGGUUCAAAAAAAUAAUAUUGGAUACAUUUGUUGUCUUUGAAUCUUUUCUUGCUAAUAUUUUGUGUGUUUUUUCCGAACCUUUUUGUUAUGGCUGAGGUGGGUUUAUUAAAUUAUUUAAUUUUUCUUUUCUAUUCCCUGCCUGCCAUAUGUAGUGUUUCUUUGCACCUACUUUCUGCAUGUCAGUGUUAACCAUUUGUCAUAACCAGCAGGGUGUGGAUUAAUCGUAGGUGGGUCUGUUGUGGGGGGUUGAGAUGGCCAUCUGGAACGUAGAUUGUGAAUUUUGUGGAAAAGAAACCGUGUAAAACCAUUUCAAGUAAAGUGGGUGUACCCUCAAAAUAUUUUCACAAACAGCUUAUGGCAAA